GGUGUGAACUUGAUCAUGUCAACUCAUCGAGAAUAACAGCGUGCGCCACUAUGGAGCUGACUGACAAUAAAUACGGGAGAAAAAGAAAGGGUGAGAAGAGAGAUCUGUUCUGUUCCUGGGAAGUUGGGGAAGAUAAUGAAUUCAGCGAUGAUGAACUUUAUGGAUACCAGAUGGCUAAAGAGAAAGAUGUGCAGAAGUGCAAUUAUUUGGAUGAAAGGAACUUCAUUUUGUCACCAAAUCUAUUUGCCACGCCCAUGUCUUGUGUACCUGGACCAAUCGAAGCAUCUGAUGAGGUAAACACCAGAUGGAAAUCUCAACUCAGCAUCCCUUCUAAAUCUUCUGACAGCCCUGAGAUCAAUCUUACCAAAAGUGCACCGGAACACAGCGUACCCAUAAAUCCCAGCGUAUCUACCGACUCAAUGAUCCAAAAACGAAAUAUUGUUCACAGUAAAAACUCAACGGCAGUACAUUUGGUAGGGGUGAGUGGAGCUCUGCCAAUGAUAGAAUGGAUUCCAACGUCAUCCCAUGUGCAUCCGAGCGAGGAAACGGCUUUGCAGUGCACUAAAUCAAUGAACCGUGAAACAAGAAGCCCGCAACAAGUAUACAAAAGGGCAUCUGGUCAUGAACUGGAAAGGUGUCACGAUGAUUCGGCUAAGGUUGCCCACCUAGGUUUGUCGUCGCCUGUUAGCGGCCUCUACACGGCCAGACCCAGGUUGGUGAUCCGGAGAGACGCCCGGUUAAACGCCGGUUAUAGAGCUUUACUGGAGCAUGGUGGCCCCGUAGAAGAAAAACUCUGCCCCUUGUGCCCCUAUAGACUUCCAGCUCUGCACAAUGCCAAUUAUAGCCUGUCAACCUCCGAAUUGCAGACUUGCAAACAUGCGGUGUAUGAAUGUUUCUGUAGCUCUCUCCAACCACGGGCACGACACAGUCCUGUGAGAGACCAGAGAGACGCCACGCAUAUUCUCGAAAAGAAAGAGCGAGAGUUUUCAGAGGAGUUAAGGGAGAUGGACAUACAGUGUCAGUCUGGAUGCCAGAGGAACACAGAAAGCCCCUCUUCUCCACAUCACGUCACCUUUUCUCAUAUUCUUCAGGUCCUCCAGAGCAAACCAGUCAAUUUUCCGGAGGUCAGGGGCCACAGACGCCACAGGGCCCUUUAAACAUCACUAAGAGCAUUCAAUAUGAGGUGUCCUUCAUUUUAAAGUCUGCACACAUCAGGGAUACUCCACAGGGGAUUAGAAUAUGUUUUUUAUUUAAACUUUAAAGUCCAUCCAUAUACAGUGUAAAAGGUCAUGAAUUCAAGAACGAGAUGGAUUCACAUAAAUCCAUCCACAGUAGCCAAAUAAACCAACGAUGUGACAAGAGAUCAUUUUACAGUAUAUGAAACAUAGGAAUCAUUAAUAAAAAAACAACAAC